UCAGUUGCCCCCAGGCCCAAGGACAAAGAAUUACCCGUAGCAGCCACACCUGGCUCCGCCCAUUCUUUUUCCGAUUUAAAACCCGCGGGCUUUUCCUGUUCUGCAUUCCUAGACUUCCUGUUUUGAUUCUCGCGACAGUUAGGAGGCCUCGCGUGAAGUUUGCUUUGCGACCCCUUCUGCAUUUGAGACCUGCAGGACUGUGUGUCUGCCCUACCCCCACCUCAUCAGAGUCCCUCUAGUCAGGAGUGGCGUCUACGCCGCUAAGGACUCCCUAAAUGAAAGGGCUUGGCUGCGUUGAGAGUUACAGACCGCUUCCGAGAGCCCGUCUUCUAGAGCCCUCGGUGCGCAUGCGGAUCCUAUUCCUCUGGGCCGUCCAGAGGCCCAGGCGGAGGCCCGGCCCCCAACCUCGGGGUUGAUGAAGAGGCCAGCCCAAGCCGCUCUAUCUCGGGCCAGCUCCUUCUGGACCGAGCCUGACUGAAUAACGUCCCCUCCCUGGCUGCAGAGCUCAGUUUCCGACCCUACAAACUGUACUGCCGCGCAGCUUCUGUAGGCUGCUGGGGGCAGGCCGGGGCGGGGUCUGGCAGACCCCGGGUACCGCGGGCAGGCCUCCAGGAAUGCUCUCUUCCCCGCCCCCAGCCCGAAGUGCCACGUUGGCGCUAGUGGCGGCCUCGAGACCGAAUGCCUCCGGCGCUGCCUGCCUCGCAAGCAUAACCUGUAAUUCCGACCCGGAACGCUGCCCAUUGGGGUGUUGCCCCGCCCACCUCUCCCUGCGGCCGCUAGUCGGCUGGAACUUCUAAAUCACCCGGCUCCUGGGGUUGAAGCACCUGCCGGAUGUGGGGAGGGAGGAGGCGGCCAGAUGUGAGGAGGCAGAAUUAAGCGCCGAGUCUCUUGGCGACUUGGUAGGAAAGUGGAGUGGACAGGCCUGCAAUCGCCCUUGGGCGGCGGGGAGACGUUAGUUGGCUUUGCCCUGCAGGAGCGCUCGACUUGGCACCAGAAUUCCUACUGCUUUGCCAUUAUGCAGCUCUUCUAGCGGAUGGGACUGUAAAGUCAGAUGCUACAGGGCCUAGCCUUUCAACCAACUCUAGCUUCUCAAUUACCUUCCUCUCCCAUCCUACCCCCUAGUCCCUACGCCCAUCCCAGCCCACCCCACCCCAACUCUAGUCCUUUCCCAGCUUGGGUGUCCGGUUACUGCUCUUCUGUUCUGUGACUUUGGCCCAGGCUAAGGGAAGUGGCCCAGGAGGGUCCCGUGCGGCUGCAUAAAAUUGGCAGCUUCAGAACAAGGGGAGGGGGUGGGGUGUGCGACGUCUAGGGGGCGGGGAGAGGGGGCGGAGGAGCUGAUCUCCGAGUGCAAGUCCGUGGGCUCUGUCAGAGAGAUUCUCAAGUCGGAGCAGAGGUGGCUGACGGGCCCUUUCCACUGCCUGCGUUUUUGGACAGGAGUCACGGCUGCUCUGAGGGGCGUAGUCCCGGACACUAGGGUGCCGCUCACGCGCUGAUGCCCCGAGUGCUCUCGGCUUCCAGCUAAUCAUGCCACAGCCGCCCGCCGCUGCCUUGGCGCUGCCCCUGCUGCUGCUGCUGUUACUGCUGGUGGUGCGGACGCCGCCUCCGACUGGCGCGCGGCCAUCCCCGGGUCCUGAUUACCUGCGGCGCGGCUGGCUGCGGCUGCUGGAGGAGGGCGAGGGCUGCGCUCCCUGCCGGCCAGACGAGUGCGCCGCGCCGCGGGGCUGCCUGGCCGGCCGGGUGCGCGACGCGUGCGGCUGCUGUUGGGAAUGCGCCAACCUCGAGGGCCAGCUCUGCGACCUGGACCCCAGCGCCCAUUUCUACGGGCGCUGCGGCGAGCAGCUUGAGUGCCGGUUGGACGCAGGUGGCGACCUGAGUCGCGGAGAGGUGCCCGAGCCGUUGUGUGUCUGCCGCUCUCAGCGCCCGCUCUGCGGUUCCGACGGCCGCACCUACGCCCAGAUUUGCCGCCUGCAGGAGGCGGCCCGUGCUCGGCCGGACGCCAACCUCACCGUAGCGCAUCCUGGGCCCUGCGAAUCGGCACCUCAGAUCCUGUUGCACCCAUAUGAUGUUUGGAAUGUGACAGGGCAGGAUGUGAUCUUUGGCUGUGAAGUGUUUGCCUACCCCAUGGCCUCCAUAGAGUGGAGAAAGGACGGCUUGGACAUUCAGCUGCCAGGGGAUGACCCCCACAUCUCGGUGCAGUUUAGGGGUGGACCGCAGAGGUUUGAGGUGACGGGCUGGCUGCAGAUCCAGGCUGUGCGUCCCAGUGAUGAGGGCACCUACCGCUGCCUGGCCCGCAAUGCCCUAGGCCAGGUUGAGGCCCCAGCUAGCCUGACAGUCCUCACACCAGACCAGCUGAACUCCACAGGCAUCCCCCAGCUCUUAUCCCUGCACCUGGCUCCUGAGGAGGAGGCUGAGAGUGAAGAGGGUGAAGAUUACUACUAGGUGCAGAGCUGUGGCCCGUGGGGGUGGGUGAGUGGGGGUAGUUUUCAUUCCCGCUCUUGAAAAGAUCUGGAAAGGCAGAGCAGGGCCCCUUCACAGAUGGAUUUAAUGCCUUUAGUGGGAGAGAUGUGAUGGUGAUAGGAGAGACAAAAAUUGGAGGAGGGUAAGAAGAGAGCCAGAAACUAGGAGAGGUGGGAUGCAAAGGGGCCCAUGCAGGAGAUACUCUGGCCAGGACAGCCUCUUGUGUGGACCAACUAGGCAGACCGUAACAGUUGCCUGCUGGUCUGUAGGCUAGGUGGGUGGGUGGGUGGCUGGGUGGGUGAGGAGGAGCAGAGCUGAGACAAAGACGUGCAAACACCAGGCUCGUCCACUUCUUUUUAGCAGCCCUCCCUCCAACACUGCUCAACCAGUCUUCUGACUGCUUUUCUGCAUAGAUCCUGCUCUUAUUUUCCUAGAGCACAAUCUUUGCCUAACCUCAGUUUACCCUUCCUCAAAACUCACCUUCUAGAAAAUUUCCCUCUCAUAAAUCCCAGUUCACUUACUAAGUGUUUGGUGUUUGCCCUCUGCUGUCCAGGAGAGCCUGAUAGAGCAUAGUUUAUUUAGCUCAGUGCAGUAAGAUGGGCAUUUGGUCAUGUCUAAUUUUUCUGUCAUUCUAGAAACUCUGUGAGGGCAGCACCGUAUCUUAUACCACUUUGUACUGGACAGUGCCUAGCACAGGACUAGGCACAGUAGGCAUACAAUAAAGACUUAUGAAACAAACUGA